GAAUCGCACGAGCGAGGCCUCCUGCCUUCGAGCGACCAGUCGCACGCACGACUCGCACACCAGAUCCCUUCGCCGCCGCCCACCAUCCUUCGCCACCGCAGAUCCAUCCCGCCGCCGCCGCCGCUCCAUCCCUCUCUUCCCUCCAAGCUUGUCGCCGGCGACGAAGCGUACAGCGCUCCAUCCCUUUGCCUCCAUGAACCUACCACCCGCGCCGAGGCGAGGGCCUCGUGGACUCCGUCCGUCGCCGCUUGGCCGACGACCCCGCCGCCGGGCAGGAGAAGUGUUCCGCGCCGUGGGGAACCCGCCACGCACGUCAAGGCGAGGCGCCUCCUGGGCUCCGCCCGUUUCCAGAGCGAGCGCCCGCGAAUACCUAGCUAGCCACCACCGUCGUGACCGUUCCAGCCACCGCCAAGGAUCAUCGGACAUGAGCGGCGGCAUCCGGCGCCAGUUCCUAAACCUGGGGCUGUUUGACGAGCGCAAUCGCGCGUACUCGCUGCGCCGCUUGGACCUCUCCAAGAUGGACUUUUUUCACCGGACCGCACAAGAGGCGGCCACACAUGGCAAGGUGGUGCCAACACUGACGCCCGCCAAGGCAUGUGCGCCCAACAGGAGAAGGAUAUGCAAGACCGACUUGGCGACGGCAGAGGCGGCGGCACCCAAGAUCAAUCCGCCAAAAAGUGAGCUGUUCGUGAGGCCACUGGAAGUCUCCUACUCCAUAAGGUCUCCUUGUUGUCUUCAUUUCUUGCCCACGGCCUCGGAGAGCAAGGUCAUCUCGGCUGAUCACGCGAACCGCAUGUUACGCUUCGACACCAUCGACGGUUGCAGCUAGAUUGAUACAAUGCCUAGCCUCCACGGGUACAAACACUCGUAGCUGGCCAUCUCUAUCCCUCCGACGGACUUGCACCUCCUUGGACGGCGAAGACACCGGCAACCUCUACAUCAUUGACGCCCACCUGCAAGGUCAACCCCCCCCCCCCCCCCCCCCCCCCCCCCCCCCCCCCCCCCCCCGGUCCUUCCCCGACAUCAUCAGGGCGCACCUGGGGGGCCUGGCGCGCCCUGGUGUCUCCUGCUCAUCAGGCGGCCCACUCCGGUAGUUAUUUGCUCCAGUAUUUUUUAUAUAUUCCAUAAAAAUUCCUCGUGAAGUUUCAGCUUAUUUGGAGUUGUGUAGAAUAGGUAGCCUGACGUAGCUUUUUCAGGUCCAGAUUUUCAGUUGCCGGAAUUCUCUCUCUUUGUGUGAACCUUGCAUAUUAUGAAAGAAAAGGUAUUAGAAUUACUCCAAAAAACAUUAUUAUGCAUAAAAACAUAAUAAAUAACAGUAGGUAAACAUGAUGCAAAAUGAACGUAUC